AUGUCCACAAAUUUGGAAUAUAGAGCAAGAGAAAGAUGGAGAAAAAGAGAAAGUAGGCGGCAGGCCAGCGAAGCUCAAGGAGAAAAAGAGCUGGUUGGCGUAGGGUCCUAUCCCUGGUAGAUGCCAAAAAUGUACAUUAGUCCCAGUGCUCCCAUACUUUGGAUAUUUAGAACGGCAUGGUAACAUGCUAAUACCACUUUAUACCUUCAGUAAAUUGACAACCUUAUUAACCUUAAAUCACACCUCCCCUCCAACAUUUAAUUUUAACUCUUUAAGUUUAAAAUACAACCUGUGGGUGAGUGCUUGAGAUGACUAUUAGAUUGUUAGUGUGAGACCGUAACUAAAUUAAGUUCAUUUCUUUAUCUCUCAGAGAUAUGCCAAGAGAUCAGAGGCACAACUUAAAGGAUUGGACAAACAAAAAUUAAAAAAGGUAAAAUACAAUAUUAAAAUUACGUAUUCUUUUUACGUGUAUAUACAUUAUUUAUGCAAUCUAGCAUAACACGGUGAAGAAGAUACACCACUCAAACAUGCAAAGGGAUAUCAGUUCUAAACCUUUGAGAUCAACAACUGGGAUACAUACCGGUUUCAUGUUUUGAUUAUUAUUAAGAAAUAUAUACAUAGGUCAACUGGGAUUCCAACCUACCAAAGAAAUAAGAGAGACUGGUGCUCCCUGAAAAAUUAGGUGCAAAGUCUGAUAUUUAUAUAAGGAAUUAUAAACUUAGGUAAACUGGGAUUCCAAACAAGCAAACAAUUGGGAGACCGAGAGAUUACAUAGAAACUUUAAAAAUAAAAAUAAACCACUACGUAUAAAACCAGGUCAUCUGGGAUUCCAACCCCGCAACAAGGAACACCGGUUCUCCCUGAACUAAUAGGUAACAAUUCUGAUAUACAAUUGGCCAAAUGAGAUUCAAACCCAGCAAGAAAGGGAGACAGGAACUCCCUGAAAUGAUACUUCAUUUUAUGAUAGAUAAAAUGAACUGUUCAAACUAAGUAACUUGGGACUCCAACCCAGUAACUAAGGGAGACAGGAGCUCCCUGGACUGCUAAUUCAGUCUAUGAUAGAUGAAAUAUACUAUAAAAACUAGAUAAACUGGGAUUCCAACCCACCAAGCAAGAGAGACAGGAGCUCCCUGGACUAAUCCUUCAGUCAAUGAUGGAUGAAACUUAGAAUUAAACCUAGAUAAACUGCGGAUUCCAACCCAGCAGGUAAGGGAGACACAAGCUCCCUGGACUGAUACUUCAGUCAAUAAUAGAUGAUACUUACUAUUAAAACUAGAUAAACUGGGAUUCCAACCCAGCAAGCAAGGGAGACAGGAGCUUCCUGGACUGAUAUUUCAGUCAAUAAUAGAUGAAACUUACUAUUAAAACUAGAUAAACUGGGAUUCCAACCCAGCAAGAAAAGGAGACAGGAGCUCCCUGGACUAAUACUUCAGUAAAGAAUAGAUAAAACUUACUAUUAAAAGUAAGUAAACUGGGAUUCCAACCCAGCAAGCAAGGGAGACAGGUGCUCCCUGGACUCUUACCUCAGUGUACGAUAGAUGGAACAUAACUAUUUUAUACUAGAUAAACUGGGAUUCCAACCCAGCAAAAAGGGGAGACAGGAGCUCCCUGGACUUAUACUUCAGUCAAUAAUAGAUGAAACUUACUAUUAAAACUAGAUAAACUGGGAUUCCAACCCAGCAAGGAAGGGAGACAGGAGCUCCCUGGACUGAUACUUGAGUCAAUAAUAGAUGAAACUUACUAUUAAAACUAGAUAAACUGGGAUUCCAACCCAGCAAGCAAGGGAGACAGGAGCUUCCUGGACUGAUACUUCAGUCAAUAACAGAUGAAACUUACUAUUAAAACUAGAUAAACUGGGAUUCCAACCCAGCAUGCAAGGUAAACAGGUGCUCCCUAGACUGAUACUUCAGUCAAGAAUAGAUAAAACUGACUAUUAAAAGUAGAUAAACUGGGCUUCCAACCCAGCAAGCAAGGGAGACAGGAGCUCCCUGGACUGAUACUUCAGUCAAUAAUAGAUGAAACUUACUAUUAAAACCAGAUAAACUGGGAUUCGAACCCAGCAAGCAAGGGAGACAGGAGCUCCCUGGACUGAUACUUCAGUCAAUAAUAGAUGAUACUUACUAUUAAAACUAGAUAAACUGGGAUUCCAGCCCAGCAAGCAAGGGAGACAGGAGCUUCCUGAACUGAUACUUCAGUCAAUAAUAGAUGAAACUUACUAUUAAAACUAGAUAAACUGGGAUUCCAACCCAGCAAGCAAGGGAGACAGGAGCUCCCUGGACUGAUACUUCAGUCAAGAAUAGAUGAAACUGACUAUUUAAAGUAGAUAAACUGGGAUUCGAACCCAGCAAGCAAGGGAGACAGGAGCUCCCUGGACUGAUACUUCAGUCAAUAACAGAUAAAACUUACUAUUAAAACUAGGUAAACUGGGAUUCCAACCCAGCAAGCAAUGGAGACAGGAGCUCCCUGGACUGAUGCUUCAGUCAAUAAUAGAUGAAACUGACUAUUAAAAGUAGAUAAACUGGGAUUCCAACUCAGCAAGCAAGGGAGACAGGAGCUCCCUGGACUGAUACUUCAGUCAAUAAUAGAAGAAACUUACUAUUAAGACUAGAUAAACUGGGAUUCCAAGCCAGCAAGCAAGGGAGACAGGAGCUCCCUGGACUGAUACUUCAGUCAAUAAUAGAUGAAACUUACUAUUAAAACUAGAUAAACUGGGAUUCCAACCCUGGAAGCAAGGGAGACAGGAGCUCCCUGGGCUGAUACUUCAGUCAAUGAUAGAUAAAGCUUACUUCUAAAAGAAAGCAUUUACCGGGAUUACAACGGAGCAAGCGAGAUACGUAAUACGUGGAGUGAUACUACAGUCUAGCUAUUAUGCAUAUAGGUGAACCUUUAAUACCCUUAUUCUUUAACUACUACAUGAAGUGCAUUACCUCUUUACCUUUAAUUAUUAAUAGUAUGAUACUGUUUGAGCAGCAGCAAUUCUUUCAAUAAAUUUAAAAUAGCAGCUUUAAGUAGUAAAAGGGGAGUCCAAAAACAAAGUUGGCGUAUUGUUGCCAAUACAGUGGCCUCAAGCCAGGUGGAGGGUUUCGUGCGUUCCACAGGGUGCUUGUCUACUUACGCGGUGAGAGUGGUACUGAGCCAUCAGUUACACCGAGGUCUGGGUGGUCGCCUCUGACCGACAGGUGAUGUAUUGGGCGCCUGAUAAGAAAACGGCCGUUGCACUCAAGUGCUUAUCAACUCAUGCUGCAGUGGUGCAGAGCUUUACGAGUGAUACUGCACGGGCCGAAGCGGUGUACCGCUCAUCGGGUCAUGCCAUAUCUCAGCUUCUGUCACGAAACAAGUCUGUUGUAAGCGCUCAUGCCCAGGUGUCCCGGUCUGGACGCAAGCGGAGGUCCCCCAAUUUAUAUGGCCGUUGCACUCACGUGCGUCUCGGAUACUGCACAGGCCAUACACCCUUUUCUAUAGGUCAUGCCAUAUCUCAGCUUCUUUCACGAACCAGGUUUUCUCAAGCCUUUAAAUUUUGUUUUGUUUUGUUGUUUUUUCAAAUAAUUCAAAAAUCUCAGUUAUUUUAGGUAUAAUUUCAGAUUUUCUUGGGAAGAGUUGUUGCUCUAAGAAGAUUAUCACUGAUUUUCAAAGUAAUAUGCCCUUAGGGCAACUGGGAUUCGAACCCAUUAAGCAAGGGAGACAGGAGCUCCCUAGACUGAUACUUCAGUCAAUAAUAGAAUAAACUUACUAUUAAAACUAGAUAAACUGGGAUUCCAACCCAGCAAGCAAGGGACACAGGAGCUCCCUGGACUGAUACUUCAGUCAAUAAUAGAUGAAACUUACUAUUCAAACUAGAUAAACUGGGAUUCCAACCCAGCAAACAAGGGAGACAGGAGCUUCCUGGACUGAUACUUCAGUCAAUAAUAGAUGAAACUUACUAUUAAAACUAGAUAAACUGGGAUUCCAACCCAGCAAGCAAGGGAGACAGGAGCUCCCUGGACUGAUACUUCAGUCAAUAAUAGAUGAAACUUACUAUUAAAACUAGAUAAACUGGGAUUCGAACCCAGCAAGCAAGGGAGACAGGAGCUCCCUGGACUGAUACUUCAGUCAAUAAUAGAUGAUACUUACUAUUAAAACUAGAUAAACUGGGAUUCGAACCCAGCAAGCAAGGGAAACAGGAGCUCCGUGGACUGAUACUUCAGUCAAUAAUAGAUGAUACUUACUAUUAAAACUAGAUAAACUGGGAUUCCAACCCAGCAAGCAAGGGAGACAGGAGCUCCCUGGACUGAUACUUCAGUCAAUAAUAGAAGAAACUUACUAUUAAAACUAGAUAAACUGGGAUUCCAACCCAGCAAGCAAGGGAGACAGGAGCUCCCUGGACUGAUACUUCAGUCAAUAAUAGAUGAAACUUACUAUUAAAACUAGAUAAACUGGGAUUCCAACCCUGGAAGCAAGGGAGACAGGAGCUCCCUGGACUGAUACUUCAGUCAAUGAUAGAUAAAGCUUACUUCUAAAAGAAAGCGUUUACCGGGAUUACAACGGAGCAACCGAGAUAAGUAAUACGUGGAGUGAUACUACAGUCUAGCUAAUAUGUAUAUAGGUGAACCUUUAAUACCCUAAUUCUUGAACUACUACAUGAAGUGCAUUACCUCUUUACCUUUAAUUAUUAAUAGUAUGAUACUGUUUGAGCAGCAGCAAUUCUUUCAAUAAAUUUAAAAUAGCAGCUUUAAGUAGUAAAAGGGGAGUCCAAAAACAAAGUUGGCGUAUUGUUGCCAAUACAGUGGCCUCAAGCCAGGUGGAGGGUUUCGUGCGUUCCACAGGGUGCUUGUCUACUUACGCGGUGAGAGUGGUACUGAGCCAUCAGUUACACCGAGGUCUGGGUGGUCGCCUCUGACCGACAGGUGAUGUAUUGGGCGCCUGAUAAGAAAACGGCCGUUGCACUCAAGUGCUUAUCAACUCAUUCUGCAGUGGUGCAGAGCUUUACGAGUGAUACUGCACGGGUCGAAGCGGUGUACCGCUCAUCGGGUCAUGCCAUAUCUCAGCUUCUGUCACGAAACAAGUCUGUUGUAAGCGCUCAUGCCCAGGUGUCCCGGUCUGGACGCAAGCGGAGGUCCCCCAAUUUAUAUGGCCGUUGCACUCACGUGCGUCUCGGAUACUGCACAGGCCAUACACCCUUUUCUAUAGGUCAUGCCAUAUCUCAGCUUCUGUCACGAACCAGGUUUUCUCAAGCCUUUAAAUUUUGUUUUGUUUUGUUGUUUUUUUUCAAAUAAUUCAAAAAUCUCAGUUAUUUUAGGUAUAAUUUCAGAUUUUCUUGGGAAGAGUUGUUGCUCUAAGAAGAUUAUCACUGAUUUUCAAAGUAAUAUGCCCUUAGGGCAACUGGGAUUCGAACCCAUUAAGCAAGGGAGACAGGAGCUCCCUAGACUGAUACUUCAGUCAAUAAUAGAAUAAACUUACUAUUAAAACUAGAUAAACUGGGAGUCCAACCCAGCAAGCAAGGGAGACAGGAGCUCCCUGGACUGAUACUUCAGUCAAUAAUAGAUGAUACUUACUAUUAAAACUAGAUAAACUGGGAUUCGAACCCAGCAAGCAAGGGAGACAGGAGCUCCCUGGACUGAUACUUCAGUCAAUAAUAGAUGAAACUUACUAUUAAAACUAGAUAAACUGGGAUUCCAACUCAGCAAGCAAGGGAGACAGGAGCUCCCUAGACUGAUACUUCAGUCAAUAAUAGAAUAAACUUACUAUUAAAACUAGAUAAACUGGGAUUCCAACCCAGCAAGCAAGGGAGACAGGAGCUUCCUGGACUGAUACUUCAGUCAAUAAUAGAUGAAACUUACUAUUAAAACUAGAUAAGCUGGGAUUCGAACCCAGCAAGCAAGGGAGACAGGAGCUCCCUGGACUGAUUCUUCAGUCAAUAAUAGAUGAUACUUACUAUUAAAACUAGAUAAACUGGGAUUCGAACCCAGCAAGCAAGGGAGACAGGAGCUCCGUGGACUGAUACUUCAGUCAAUAAUAGAUGAUACUUACUAUUAAAACUAGAUAAACUGGGAGUCCAACCCAGCAAGCAAGGGAGACAGGAGCUCCCUGGACUGAUACUUCAGUCAAUAAUAGAUGAUACUUACUAUUAAAACUAGAUAAACUGGGAUUCGAACCCAGCAAGCAAGGGAGACAGGAGCUCCCUGGACUGAUACUUCAGUCAAUAAUAGAUGAAACUUACUAUUAAAACUAGAUAAACUGGGAUUCCAACUCAGCAAGCAAGGGAGACAGGAGCUCCCUAGACUGAUACUUCAGUCAAUAAUAGAUGAUACUUACUAUUAAAACUAGAUAAACUGGGAUUCCAACCCAACAAGCAAGGGAGACAGGAGCUCCCUGGACUGAUACUUCAGUCAAUAAUAGAUGGUACUUACUAUUAAAACUAGAUAAUGUGGGAUUCCAGGCCAGCAGCAACGGGAGACAUGUGCUUUUUGAACUAUUUGAUAUAAGAAACUCUGGUGGUUAUAUAAAGCAAUAUGCACUUAGGUUAACUGGGAUUGCAACCCAGCAACAAUGGGAGACAGUUUCUUUAAAACUGUUACAUGUAGCUCUGAUAUUUAUACAAAGGAAUAUACACCUAGGUCAACUGGGAUUCCAACACAGCAACGGUGGGAGACAGGUUCUCCCUAAACUACUUUCUGUUAACUAGGACCAAUGGGAUUUACACCCAGUAAGUGUCCACGGGAGAAGAGAACUCCCUAAUGCCUUUACUUGACUCACCACUGUUGUAUCUUUGUAGGUUAUAACGAGGCUUAUGCUGGACGCUUAAAAAAUAUCUCAGUGAAGAAGUCGGAAUGAUUUUAUUGUAUUUAUAGUAUUACUGUAUAAAUUUGCGCUGUUGUUAUUACAAGCAAAAAGCUGUUUGAGGAUUCAUUAAGAGUCGACUUGCCUUUUUUUUUUUUAUAUUUCUUUUUUAUGUUCCUGCCCACUUAAAACAUCUGCUGAUAGUUUGACGUUAAACUUUGUUUGUUAUCUAUAUCCCUUAUCGUUGCAAAUCAAACGCAAAAUCAGCAAGUGACAUAAAACUUUAUUUUGCCAUAAAUAAUAAAUAGGGUGGAGAGGAAAGAAGAAAUAAAUUAUUAUCGGGUCUUGAACAAAGCAAAAAAAUAUACUUACAAAUCCCUAGAACUGAGUCUAGGAUCCCUUUGGAACUGAAAGAGGUCAAUAAGACCGGCUUGGAAAGCGUCUAAGGAAAAAAGCUUGAGAAUUAAUUCCACAUGAAAUAAGCUGUAUUAGUUCAAUUUAACUCCGUUGGUAACAUUUUCUAAGCGCUUGUUUCUUUUUCUUGAGCUUUUUAUUUUCUAGAUUGAACCUGCCCACCAAUUAAUUUGUUCGUCACGUUGGGAGGCGUUUUCUACGCUUCAGGUAUUAUGGAUAUUUUUCUUUGCAUUAGUCUCCUGUUUUCUUUUAAGAGCGGCACAUAUUGGGCACCAUAACUGUUAAGGGCUGAUAUUAUUUAUGGGGGUGGAACUUAUAUACUCUAGAAUAAGAGCACAGCAUCGUAAGAGUUGUGCACUGGCGUCGUUUGUUUGUGAGAGAACAGAGAACUAAGAAGUGAACGACUGAAAUCAACUCAUUUAUUCUUGCCGCUAACAGGAGUAAAGCAGUAAAAGUUUCUUAUAUGUGCUUAUUACAAUAAGUACGGUUAAACUAAAAAAUAGUGUUGGGUGUGGCACGAGUACCUGUAUUUUUAAUCAUUGAAAUGCUUUAUUUUGCUAACAGAUGUUUACUGUAUUGGUCGUUAUCUUUACUGAGUUUAGGUUCGUUUUCAAAUUGCACUUUUUCAGUGUACAAAGCUUGGAAAAUCAUCAUCUGGUGAAACCCGUACAAGCUUAUGAAAAAACACCAAUAAUGAAAGGUACGUGAUCUCUUGAUAAGACUUGAAUAGCCCUUUUGACAACAGGUUUCGAGCAGGGGUAGUCGCAAAAAUAGCGGUUGGACUGCGCAAAUCAUUUAGAAAACUUACCAACGCGAUAAAACAUGAGCAAAUAAUAACCAAUACUCAAAUUUCUUUAUCAUUGAUCUACGGUCUACUGAUAAACAUUGAACCUUUUUUCCUGUUUUAGGACAUGUUUCUCAAGUUGAACAUCAGGAAAAGUGCUUGCCUCUUACAACACAACUAA